AUGAUUGUGAUGAUGCUAGGACCUGCCAGCACAAUCCUCAGGCAGCUGCAAACUGCUGGUGGUGUUAGCAACAUUGGUCUAGGACUAACAACCCUACAGGGUAGCAACUCUACCUCAUUGCCUAGAGCGCCUUCAUCUUCCCAGGCUGACAGUGUUUCAGCAGAUGCCAUUUCUGUAUCCACUGAGAACUUUCAACCCAGUGCAACGUCAACUCCUAAAGGAAAGAAGAGAAGACCACACAAAAGAAAAGUACCAGUGCAUUUGAUGAAAUGGAGAUUACAGCAAAAGAAAUCUAAAGGAGAAGAAAAAUCUGGGCCAUCAACAUCUUCUUCCACCUUAGAGUCAAAUCUAAAAAACAGCGUCCUUGAUGUCACCUCUGAUUUUGCUACAAUUGUGCCACCAAUCCCCUCAAUUGGUCUACAACCAGCUUUGAACCAUGAGAUUGAUACCACCUCAAUGCGAAAUAGUGGAGUUUCUUACAUGGAGAGUAACGUCUGUGAUACUUUACUAACAAGGUAUGUCAUCAUCUCAACUUACAACUAAUUUCAUAUAUACGAAUAUGGUGUUCUCUAUACUUCCUAACAAGUAGAAUGUAUUUUGGUCACUGGUACACUUUUUUCUAUAUUCUAUUGUUUUUUCAACUGUUAUAUAUAUAAAGCUUUGUUGGAUCAACCCACAAUAUUACUCAUUGAGGAAUAUGAUUUUGGACUAGUAUUGUUUCGCAAGAGAAGAUUCACAAUAAGAUCAAUUUUAUUAGAAGUUGAAUGAUUCAGCUAGGUUGUGUUGAAGGCGUUUGUAGAUGCUAAACAAGAACAAGAAUAAUUUUUCAUAGUUAAUAUUUGAUACUUUUAGUUAGAUAAAUAUUUUUUCAAGCCAGUAUUUCAAAGCUAAAAAAAACAAAUAUAGCCUACAAUAUGAAAAUAGCAAUAAUGACUCGAUCACCUGACUAAUAUUUAUUUGAAAUUUUAGUACAGUAUAAAUAAAUUCCACACUAGUUAAUAAGACUAAUAUUACUAGUUCAUUCAUGCAAUAGGCGCCUCAGGUUGGCGAUUCUAUUAAGCUCCAAGAAAAACUAACAUAUUAGCAAGAGUCAGAGAGGGAUAGUAAGAUUUUUUUCUUUCAAUUACAAAGAAUAGGCACAAAAGACAUUCCAAACCUGAAGAGACUUUCUGCACAUCGUUCUACAACAGAAAAUAUUACAAUGGGCUGAAGUGAGAAAGAGUGUGACAGGGAUAGGGGAGAAAGCAUGAAACUAUCAUUCGCCA